CGGGGCGCUGCGGGCCCGCUAGGGGCGAUCCGGGCACGGGGCCGCGGCCAUGGCUGCCUGCUGGCCCUGCCUGCUGCUGUGCCUCGGGGCCGCGGCCCUGAGCUCCGGCCCGGCCCCGCCGAGCAUCCGUCUGCCGCUACGGGGAGGUGCGGCCCCGCCGCCGGGCCCCAGAGCGCGGAGGGGAACGGAGGAGAUGGAGAGAAGGAGCGCGUUCGUGGAGAUGAUCGAUAACCUGCGGGGCAAGUCCGGGCAGGGCUACUACGUGGAGAUGACGGUGGGCAGCCCGCCGCAGAAGCUCAAUAUCCUGGUGGACACUGGGAGCAGUAAUUUUGCUGUGGGAGCUGCACCUCACCCCUUUCUCCGGAGAUACUACCAGCGGCAGCUGUCCAGCACCUACCGUGAUCUGCGGAAGGGUGUGUAUGUGCCCUACACCCAGGGCAAGUGGGAAGGGGAACUGGGCACUGACCUUGUCACCAUUCCCCAUGGCCCCAACGUCACUGUCAGAGCCAACAUCGCUGCCAUCACGGAGUCGGAUAAAUUCUUCAUCAAUGGCUCCAACUGGGAAGGGAUCCUGGGGCUGGCCUAUGCUGAGAUCGCACGGCCUGACAACAGCCUGGAGCCCUUUUUUGAUUCCCUGGUGAAGCAGACCCAGGUGCCCAACAUCUUCUCCCUCCAGCUUUGUGGGGCAGGCUUCUCACCCAACGAGACUGAGACCUUGUCAUCAGUGGGAGGCAGCAUGAUCAUUGGUGGCAUCGACCGCUCGCUGUAUGUGGGUGACAUCUGGUACACACCCAUCCGGAAGGAGUGGUACUACGAGGUCAUCAUUGUCAAGCUGGAGGUCAAUGGGCAGGACCUGAACAUGGACUGCAAAGAGUACAACUAUGACAAGAGUAUCGUGGACAGUGGCACCACCAACCUCAGGCUGCCAAAGAAGGUGUUUGAGGCUGCAGUGAAAUCCAUCAAAACAGCUUCUUCGACAGAAAAGUUCCCAGAUGGCUUCUGGCUGGGGGAGCAGCUGGUUUGCUGGCAGGUCGGCACCACCCCCUGGCACAUCUUCCCUGUUCUGUCCCUCUACCUGAUGGGGGAGGCCACCAAUCAGUCCUUCCGGAUCACCAUCCUUCCCCAGCAAUACCUGCGCCCAGUGGAGGACGUGGCCACCUCUCAGGAUGACUGCUACAAGUUCGCCAUCUCUCAGUCCUCCACAGGCACUGUCAUGGGUGCUGUUAUCAUGGAAGGUUUCUACGUGGUCUUUGACCGUGCCCGCAAGCGCAUUGGCUUUGCUGUCAGUGCCUGCCACGUGCACGAUGAGUUUCGAACAGCCGCAGUGGAGGGGCCCUAUCUGCACUCCAACAUGGAGGACUGCGGCUACAACAUCCCACAGACGGAUGAGUCCACCUUGAUGACCAUUGCUUAUGUCAUGGCAGCCAUCUGCGCCCUGUUCAUGCUGCCUCUCUGCCUCAUGGUGUUCCAGUGGCGCUGCUUCCGCUGCCUGCGACGGGACCACGAUGACUUUGCUGAUGACAUAUCUUUGCUGAAGUGACACCGGAGCGUGGGGGCAGCCCCGGGACCGCAGGUGAGGCAGCAGGGCAAGGAGAGGUAGGUCCUUUCUUUGGAGGUUAGAGCAUGGAGAUGGGACAUCAGUGUAGGGUGCUCAGACAGUCAGCCCAGGCCCUCCUGGCCGAAGGGACCCUGUGCCCUUUGAAUUAAUGGACCAGGAGCAAGCCAGUACCGGGAGCAGAAUGCUAGCACUGAGUCCCUGGGUCACCAUCACCCAGGGCAGCAUUUGCUUAGCAGGACAGGAGAGGCAACACCAGCAUGGGGAGCAGGUGGAGAUCCAGGUCCCAGCAGCAGGUUAGGAUCCCCCUCUGUGCUCCAAAGACUUUGCCCUGGUUCUGACACCAGCUACCCCUUUGCUGACCCACAGCCAGAUACAAGCAAACAUUCAACAUGUACUUGCAGCUUGUCAGGAAGCAGCGUGUGCAAGGGCAGCUUGGGGAGCCUCAGACCUCGGUUGCUUGUAUCUAGGAUCUACAGCUAUAGCUUGGCUGCUAUUGGGUGACAGCACAGCAACCCUGUCUCACCUGUAGCCUCUGGAAGGACUGAGUGCAAGUGUCUGCUCUGGCUGAGCUGAAUUUUCCCUAGCUAUCCUGCCGGGACUUUCCAAACUGAUGAGCCAUCACCCCAUGUCUGUCCCCCUUCCUUCCCAGUGCGGUGUAUCUGCCCUUCUCAGCCUGCGCUGUAGGGAAGCUGCUGGCCUAGGCUCUCUGUGUAGUGAUCUGUGCGUGUGCAUGUGUGCUGUGGCCGUGCCUUCCCCAUGCAGCUCCCCUCCCCAUAACACCUGUGAGCUGGACUCCAGAGAGUGCAUCUCCAGAGCCACCACCCCCAGGCUUGUAGGAAACACACACAGUGCCAGCCCGUAGCUGCCCUGGGGUGAGAGAGGGCAGAAGCUGGGGGACAGCUGCUCCCCUCCUGCUCCCCUGUACAGUGCACACUAACAUUAGCUGUGGCAUUUCCCCUGCCCUUCCACUGCUGCCAGCCCCAGGCCUCUCUGCGCCCACCCUGCCCUGCUGCCUCCCAGGACAGGCAGCCAUCCUCUCCUGACUCCAUUUUUCAUCACCACGUCCCCUUGUGGGACAGGGAACUGCCUCACCUGCGUUCCAGCAUCCACAACAUUCACUGCAUAGAAGCUGCUGCCCUCCAGCCUUGGGGCCAACAGCCUCUGCUCCAGGACACAGGGUUCUCUUCCCUGCGCUUCACAGCCCCUUGGACUGAACGGGAACAAAGGAAGGAGCUUUCCCUACAGCCUGGAACAAGCAGAAACUCUGUGCUAGGAGAGAGCUUGCCCGUUCUUCAGCCCACUCGCCUGUUUGAAAGCCAUAGGGGAGCCAGCACCGGCUCGGCGGCCCCCACUUGUAGCUGCUGCCUCCCCUCAGCAGCCAGCACACCCGGCUGCAGACACACUCAGACCUGGGCUCCUGCCCCCAAGGCAAGAGACAGCUGGGCAGCACGGGGGAAAGGAAAGGAGCUGUCUGUGGGGACUGCAGCAUCUCUUGGGUUGUUUUUUUUUUAAACACACGGUUGUAUUUAUUGUUUUGUUGUUGGUUGUUGUUUUCCUUUUACAGUGCAACUCACUGGUAGUACAGCUGCGCAGAAUCAGUGUGUAUAGAGCAGCACUGCACACAGGUGUACAGAUAACAGCCAGCUCCUCACCUGUACCAUAUAGACACAUAGAUAUAUUUUUAAGCCACUGUUCCAAAUCCAACGUUUAGGGGCUUUUAUCCUGUUUUGUUGUGUUGGUUUAUAAAAUAUUUUUAGUCCUCGGCCAUCACUUGAGCCCAGGGCUUUCCCAGCAGCGGCAUGCUUGGAUGGAAGCACCUUAUGGAUCAUAUAGAGUGAUGGGGAGUUGGUGGUUAUUGCGUGUCAGUGAUCCACUGACAGUGAUGGAGGUGGCAGAGGAGGUUUUGCCCUCGCUUUGUUCAUACAGCAAAGGGUGUGUAAAGAACAACCUUUCCCUUUUGUACUCCCCCUGCAUCGCAGCUCACCCUGCCACAGGAGGAGGGUGACACUGUGGUCACCUCCCAUCCCCACAGGACGUGCUCUUGAGUUUACUGACAGUGAAUGAUGCUGUUCCCUUGAUUCUCUGCCUCAGACUCGGAUGUGAAAAUGCUUUGUUCUGAUCACUGAGCUUCACUAAUGAAUAAGGCAGCGUUCCUCCACAAGUGGAAAUCAGAGCUACCUGCAGUGCUAGGGCCUGGGCAGAGCUAAGCACCAGUUCAGGUGGAGACUGGCUGGAGCAUUACAAGCCUACAGUGACCGCUAACAUAAAGCUCAUUAACCAAACCCUGCUGGUAAAGAGUGCUUUGGAAAAGCUGCGAGGGAGCCAGAGAGGCAGGAGGAAACACAGGGUAGGAGAACAGAAGAGAAGGGAGCCAGUCACAGCCCCAGGCACUGCCCCAACAGCCCAUCACAUGCACCACUGCACCAUCCCGCAUAACUAAGCAUCCAGUUCCCCCGCUGUGCUCCAAAACUCAUCCAGCAAUUCAAUUCCAGUGCAAGAGGGCAAGGAUAUGCAAUUGCAGUGUGCACGCAGACCUCCACACCCUCGUGCCUGCCCAGGACCCUCCCCAGGAUCCCACAGAGACUCUGUUGUGGACCACUGCCUUAAAACAUGCUGACAAGCGUGUUGUGUGCGUGUAGAAAGGUUCAGACUGUGGCCAAAUUCAGGCACACUGUACACCCUGGUAGUACUUGCACUGACCAGCCCCAAAGCAAAAGGUGCUUCUAUAGCCGUGCUGAAUUUGUGCCACAGACUGCAAGAAAACUAAGAAAAAGGACAAAAAAAAAAAGACAAAAAAAAAAA